UCGUCACAGUAUUAGUUGUCUAGACUCAAUAACCAUCUUCUUCAACAUGUUAUCUCUUUCACCGCCGUCUAACCCUAGAGGCGCUUCAGUUAGACACACCUCUAGAUUACACUACAGACAUCUCUUGCUUCCAAAGCGGCCCCAUUACUCGGUUACUGCCACCAAACAUUAUCAGAACAAUCCUUACCCUCACAAUGAUAUUAGCAACCACCGUCCGUGGUCUCUGCAUCGUUUUUCUCCCUCUUCACGCUGGAGACGCUUACUUCUCAAUUCGGUUUCUAAUCAAACAUUCAUAGCGGAGAAGCUCAGCGAUGAUAGCAUACUCCCUGUCAACCCUAAACCCUCUAAGGGUUUCUCCUCUAAGCUUAUCGAUCUUCUUGAAGCACUCGUAGUCAAGUUCAUGCACGAUACGUCUCUCCCUCUCAAUUACCUCUCCGGAAAUUUUGCUCCCCUCCGAGAUGAAACUCCUCCCGUCAAGGAUCUCCCUGUCCAUGGCUUUCUUCCCGAAUGCUUGAAUGGUGAAUUUCUGAGGGUUGGUCCAAAUCCCAAGUUUGAUCCUGUCGCUGGAUACCUCUGGUUUGAUGGAGAUGGGAUGAUACAUGGAGUACGCAUUAAAGAUGGGAAAGCAACUUAUGUUUCACGGUACGUUAAGACAUCACGUCUCAAGCAGGAAGAGUUUUUUGGAGCUGCCAAAUUGAUGAAGAUCGGGGACCUUAAGGGAAUUUUCGGAUUGCUUAUGGCCAAUAUGCAACAUCUGAGAACUAAACUGAAAGUAUUGGAUGACUCUUACGGAAACGGAACUGCUAAUACAGCGCUCGUAUAUCACCAUGGACAACUUCUAGCAUUACAGGAGACGGAUAAACCUUAUGUCAUCAAAGUUUUGAAAGAUGGGGACCUGCAAACUCUUGGCAUGAUAGAUUACAACAAAAAAUUGACCCACUCCUUCACUGCCCAUCCAAAAGUUGACCCUGUUACAGGUGAAAUGUUUACAUUUGGCUAUUCGCAUAUGCCACCAUAUCUCAUAUACCGAGUGAUCUCAAAAGAUGGUAUUAUGCAUGACCCUGUCCCAAUUACUAUAUCUGAGCCAAUUAUGAUGCAUGAUUUUGCAAUUACCGAGAAUUACUCUAUCUUCAUGGAUCUUCCUAUGCACUUCAGGCCAAAGGAAAUGGUGAAAGAGAAGAAAAUGCUAUACUCAUUUGAUCCCACAAAAAAGGCUCGUUUUGGUGUUCUUCCACGGUAUGCCAAGGAUGACCUCAUGAUUAAGUGGUUUGAGCUUCCCAACUGCUUUAUAUUCCACAACGCCAAUGCUUGGGAAGAAGACGAAGAAGUCGUCCUUAUCACUUGUCGCCUUGAGAACCCAAAUCUUGACAUGGUCAGUGGGAAUGAUGAAGAAGUACUUAGAAGUUUUAGCAACGAACUGUAUGAAAUGAGAUUCAACAUGAAAACGGGCUCAGCUUCUCAGAAGAAACUAUCUGCAUCUUCAGUUGAUUUCCCAAGAAUCAAUGAGUCCUACACUGGAGAGAAACAGAGAUAUGUAUAUGGUAUUGGAACAUUUCUGGACGGCAUUUCAAAGGUUACAGGAAUUAUCAAGUUUGAUCUGCAUGCGGAAGCUGAGACAAGCAAAACAAUGCUGCAAAUAGGAGGCAAUAUCAAAGGAAUAUAUAAGAUGGGACACGGAAUAUAUGGCUCAGACCCAGUAUAUGUCCCGCGCGAGACAGCAGAAGAAGACGAGCCGAGCCGCCGGUGGUGGUGGUGGUCGUCGUCCAAGUGGUGGUGGGGUGAUCGUUCGAGUGUGGCGAUGGUGGUGGCUGUGUAUUGUGGAGAUCCAUCCAGAUCCACAUCUAGGCUAAGGACUGUAACUAGAAGUAUAUGGACGUGGGUGUGACGGUAUUUCAAAGAAGGUUAUGCGUCCGUCGACUCUUGGGACCAGUAACGGAACACGUAUGGUUGUUUAAAUGAGUAGACAUGUGUCCAUAACGCCUUUUCGAUAACCCCGGUCGGACGCCGGGGGAUCGGGCCGUUACAGUGGCCUCCAUUUUUUUUCUUUCUAAAAAUUUUCUUCUUCUUAACUCUAUUAGCUAGUAUGACAAGUUCACCUGCCACAUCUCACGAAACUAACUGUAGCAAAGAAUAACCAA